AUGACCGUAUGGGAAAUAAAGAGUGUCGACCAAGCCAACAAAGACAUGUACGACGCACAAUACCAUCCACCAAAUGCCGAUUUGCAGGCUUCGCUCAAAGACCUACUUCUUGAUCUUCGGUCCUAUCGGGAAAUCAAGAGUUGGAAACAAGACGACUGGUCCGGUGACGGUGGUGGUAAGAUCACGGGUGCGGAUAAAGCCGGCGAUGACGGACUAAUGUCGAUAGACAUCGAAUACGUCGCAAGCGUGGCGGCAAUGGAAUGGAGCGUACCAGCCGACAAGGAAGAGGAAGUCAUGAAAUACUACAGAGAAGUCGUCGGCCCCACAAUAUCUAGUUCACCAGACGUACUGCGGUUUCGCCUCUUCGAGGUUGACAACGCAACAACGAUGCAGGGCGGAAAGUUCGAGACCAAAGACAAGAAAGAGCUACACAGAUACUUUACUCUCGUCGAGCUAGAGUCUGAGCAGUGGCCAUGGGACGUGGUCGUCGAUCUCGCGGAGGACAAGGAAUGGAAGGACUAUUUCGAGAGUCAGCAAGUAGUGUCACUACUUGAUGAAAAGGGCGUAUGGCGUACCGGAAAGCAAGGCCUCUGCAUCGAGCUAAAGGCUGGAAACGCUAGAUCGGCCAACGCAUUGGUUAAGGGAUAG